ACUCUACGUGUUGCCUUAUUUCCUGGCCUUUGCCCUUUUCGUCAGUUUUAGUCACAUGUCCAGGAUGUCAUAACUGAGGAUAAAGCCUACUUUGUUAGAAAGUGUCUGUGUGAUGAAUGCGGUGAGAUCCUAUCACACCUGUUAGGUAUACUUGUCCGAUUAGUAUCGGACACAUUGUGGCUGCAGCGACGGUUACCUGAAACAGUAUUCUAAUUAUGCAAAUGAAGCCCUAUACGUUGGGAUUUGAAGAGGCUCUUUGUACUUCCCCUCUUGAGAGGAGAGACGGGGGCAGGAGAAGGGGAGGUCAAAGGGAGCAGAAGGGUAGAAUAGACAGGCGUUCCUGGUGAGGGAGAGCCAGUCACUAUGACUUCAGUGAGGGAGCGCUGUUGGAUAUCCUCACAUCCACUCACCCCAACCAGAAUGGUUGAGCCCAGCCCUCCAGCACUGCACCUCUUCUCUGGCGGGGAUGUCAGCAUGGCGUGUGUUGAUGUCAAAGUAGAACAGGAGGAGUCCAUUGGAGGAGGUGGAGUUAUUGCCAAUGCUCAACCUCCUAGGAGGUCUCCCUCAUGUGAUUGGUCAGGAAAUCAUCCACUGGAGGCACGCCAGCUGACCCCACCGCUCUCCCGCUCCCCUUCGGAGGGCUCUCCAGGUAAGGAGCUGGCUCACAGGCAAAGCCCCAUGGGACUGAAGGAGGUCAGGACACAUGAUAGACCAGAAGGACAAUCCAACUUCAAAGAAGUAAUGCCUACCAUUGAGAAGCUGCUGAAUGCUGACUGGAAGGAGAAACUUCUGGAUAAAAGCACAGUGGGGGCAGGACAACUGAAAGGUACCCAGGAGGCUCUGGCAGAAAAGGAGCUCCAGCUGCUGAUGAUGAUCAACCAGCUGAGCGGUCUGAGGGAGCAGCUGCUGGGAGCCCACUCUGAGCAGAGGAACAUGGCCGCCCUGCUGCUGGAGAAACAGCAGCAGCAGAUGGAGCUGGCACGACAACAGCAGGAACAGAUCGCCAAGCAGCAGCAGCAGCUGAUCCAGCAGCAGCACAAGAUCAACCUGCUUCAGCAGCAGAUCCAGGUGAACAUGCCCUAUGUGAUGAUCCCGGCUUUCCACCCCAACGCUCAGUCGCUCUCCGUCACCUCUGACCCCCAGAUGACCAUGCCUCUGCAACCCAUCCCCUGCAAGCCAGCCGUCGACUAUCCCAUGCCGCUGCUGCCGAGCCCUCACUCCGCCCCCGUCAAGAGGAGCAGUGGUUCCUUCCGACAGGAAGCCAGUCAGCCCUUGAACCUGACCUCCAAGCCUAAGGGUCUGGAGUUGGGGAAAACACCCAGCCCCAAGAGCCUGGAACUGGGAUCGCUGGUGAUGCACGGAGCCUACAGGCCCAGAGACCUCCACAGAGAAGUUUCCCACAGCCCGCCACGAUCUGCCCUCAGUUUUCUCGGAGAUGGCGAUGUGGUCACCCAGGCCAUCCAUGAUGCCCAGCAGCUCCUGAGGGGCCACAGCACCGGAGAGCGAGAGCGGGACAGAAUGAGGGACGCCGGAGGGAAGAUGAGAAUUUCUCACUCCGAGCGCGGUGAUGACCACCUCAGCAGUGACUCUGAGGGUGCCCUGCCCGUCUCGGUCCCAGGCAGCUACGCCGAGGCCCGGCCCCCUCCCUCCUCGGGCCACAUCAAGAGACCCAUGAAUGCCUUCAUGGUGUGGGCCAAGGACGAGCGCAGGAGGAUCCUGCAGGCCUUCCCCGACAUGCACAACUCCUCUAUCAGCAAGAUCCUGGGCUCCAGGUGGAAGGGCAUGUCCAACCAGGAGAAGCAGCCUUACUAUGAGGAGCAGGCCAGGCUGAGCAGGCAGCAUCUGGAGCGUUACCCCGACUACAAGUACAAGCCCCGGCCCAAACGGACCUGCAUCGUGGAGGGACGGAGGCUGAGGGUGGGCGAGUACAAGGCCAUGAUGAAGAACCGCCGGCAGGAGCAGAGAGCCACCUACACACACAGUCAAACAGAACCACAGCAGAUCCAUUACUCCCACAGCGAUGGCCAGUACCCAGGGGGCGCCAGCUCCGUCUCGGUGGCAACCAUGCCCUUCCACCCCGCCUUACUGGAGCACUAUCUGCCCCAGGUACCCCCCACGCUGCGUCGAGUGGAGGGCCAGGCCACGCCCACUUCCCUGCCCAGAGAAAGAGAGAGAGAACGAGAGAGGGAGCGCCCUCCGUACAGCGAAGGAGAGGAAAGUGACGGGGGAGAGAGGAGCGAGGGGGAACUGGUGCUCCUGACGGACUGA